AUGGCAUGGCGUUUUGUGCUCUGUCUUGGGGUGGCCGGUCACUAUGUGGAUCUGACUCGUAUGCUGGAGCUGGAGUCGCAGGGCGCGCUGUGUGAUGCAAGCAUACUGCCGGAGGUUGACUGCGACAACACCUUGUGGCAGAGACUUCUGGAGCUCAUUUGCCGGCAUUGCGAGGGGAACCGCUGCCUGAGUCAUCCAGAGCUGGCAGAUGUUGCGCAUGCGGUCCUCCGGCUCUACAUCACGAUGCUUGAGCAGGGCCAGGAGAACUUGGAGACCUUCAGCUGCAAGCACGGGCUCCUGGCUGCCCUGCUCUUCCACUCGGAGCACGUGGCCCUGGACUUCCGCCGCCCCUCCGCCUCGGUGGAGGUUCUGAGGCCGCCCACAGAGGUGACAUUCAAUCUGUCCUUGGAAGCUGUGCAGUCGGAGCCUGCUGUGGUGGAGGCUCGCUUGCAAGCGGCCCAAGUGCCACUGGCUUUGGUGGACCUCUCGCGGCUGGAGGUCGUGGACUCUGAAGGCUUUCCCGUCACGGUGGCGACGGAUGAGCACGGAGUGCACACUUUGGAGUCUGUGGGACGUCAGCCUACUGAGAACGGCUUCCCCCUGCGGGUGAGCUUUGCACCAGCCACUGGCCGGGAGUUCCUCCACAUCAAGCGGCACAUGUCUCUAUCCCACACGGAGAAUCCCCACGUUGUGUCCAUCGACGUGGGCGUGCCGGUCAUGUCGCUCUCGCCCUUCCCCUUCCACACAGCAAAGCUCCGAGCGCUGAGGACCAUUGACCAGGUUGAAUACGACCAGUUCGUGGCGGAUCUGUCAUUGCGCUUUGCCGAAGCUGGGGUUUUCCACGUCUUGCUGGAUGGCGACUACACGCUGCGCUACUGGGAUACUGGAGCUCGACACUGGGCUGAGAAGGAUUAUUUGCAGAGCCGCUACGGCUUGAACCGGUCGACCGGGGAGCCGCUACGCCGAUGCAGCUUCUUCGUGCCUUGGGAGCAACGGCUACAUGUGUCGCCUCUGGUGCCGGGGGCGGUGGAGCUGGACCAAGGCCACCUGCAGUUUGGCGAGCAGCCCUACGGCUUUGCGACCGCUCUCAAUUUUCGGGCGCUUUGCAGUACUGGGCUUUGGGUGAGCAUCUACUUUUACAUCACCGAAGCUGUUGGAUCUUUGGCUCCGACAGGACCCAGCAUGACGGUGCUGCCCUUGGCAUUCUGGGUGCCUUGCAGGAUCCCGGCCGCAGAGCUCUUCCCGGUGCACCGGGCGCCUUUGGGCUCCGGCUGGGUCCCGCGGCCUGCGCGAGGCGCUGUGCUGGCGCGGCGGUGGGCCUCCGAGGAGGACCCAUUGCACAGCGCCCACAGCGGCAACCGCGGUGGCAUCUACCACGGCAGCUGCCGCGAGAGCCUGGCACGCCAGGUGGGAGCCUCCGUUGCGCCAUGGGCAUCCAUGCCACCGCUGCGGGUGGUGCGGGAACUGCUGCCCAUGCAUGACAUGUCUGGCUUUGCUCAGAUCGGCAUGGAGAGCCCACUCGAGGUCAUCAUGGGCUUCCGGCAGAUGCACAAAGCAAAAGGCCUGGAGCUCUACCAAGACAAGAUACAGCUCACCGAGGACUUCCGCGGACGGGGGCUGCCGGUGCCCCGGACCUUCUUCAGCUCCUAUGACGCCGACUUCGAGCUGCGACCUCUCUUGCAGCGUUUGGAGAGGGACGGGGUGGCCUACGUGGCCAAGGCCGCGCACCUUUGCUGCUCCCUGGGGGUUUUCGCCAUGGAUGGCGGCGUGGACCGCCUCACAGGCCGCCGCGUGGCGGUGGAGGAAGUGCACUGGUCCCUGCGGCGCGCCUUCCAGGAAGUUUUCACGGAGCAGAUGGUGGACCCACGCUGUGGAGAUUGGGGAACCGUGCAGGCUGGCUCGAAGCCUGGGAUUCUGGUGGAGGAGCUGAUCCGCCCCUCGGUUCCCUUGCACAGCCUGCUGCAGAUGACCGGGGCAGAAGAUUGGAUCGCCCCUGACAGCCUGGCGUGCCAUUUGGUGUGGUCCACGCUGUUCUUCUGCAGCUGGGAGACCAAGGUGCGGCUCGCCUCCGGGGAGGCCAAGACCGAGCAUCUGGGCCUCAUCUUCCGUGACGGGGCCUGCCUGAGCUGUAAGUUCCCUCGGCCCUUCAGAGACUGGGCCUCCACCGUUUGGAUGCUGGAAGGCCUGCUGCCGCAUACCGACUAUGUGAGGAUAUCUCUCUUCGUAAGGGAGGGGGCUCCUAUCAUCAAUGAGGUGGAGUACACAACCGGCGGUUUGGAAGUGAUCUCCGUGCCAAUCGCGCGUGAGUGGAACUUGCAAUGGCUGGAAGGUUACUACAAGUUCCUGUCUUGA